CUGACAUUUUUAUUUUUUACAAUUGCUAUACCAUUGUCAAACAACUGGAACGAAAGCUCUGCUGUUGGGUGUAUUUUUGCUGCAUCCAUCCAUUUCCCAAAAAUAGAACAAUAACUGCCUGUGGGCUUCUGCAGGACACAGUAUCAAAGUGGUCAGAGCUUGAGAAAAAUUUGGCUAAAUUCUUGUUUUUUAGAUGUUUUCCCUAAGGUAGUCUAAUGCUGUUUUAUCAUUUGUUUUUGGCUGUAGCGAUGGUUGCUGGGAUCGAGAAGCGACUAUUUGAAGGCGAUAGUGAGAAGGGCAAAGUACCAAAGUAUUCCCUCAACGAUUUGGACAAUGAACUGUUCAAAGUUGCGGGUGAAAUAUUUGUGAGCAUUGCCCAAGGAGGACCAGCACCACGGUUUAUGCAGGAGUGGUGUUACCACUACCUCGUCACUGGGAACCUUAAAACUGAUGGUGUGCAUGACACAGAGUUGUCACCAUUAAUCAAAACGAUUGAAGAUGCAUCUGACCUGUCCCUCUACAUCGAAGAAAUCCUGGAUUGUGGCUACACUGGUCAAAUCAACAUUGACCAUAAGGAAAGCAUAUUAAGGGCUAUCGUACUGUAUGUGACAACAAAACGUACACCAAUGCUGCAACAGAUGCGUGAAGGCCUUGAGGUGUACAACCUGAUCAAGGUCAUGCAGAUAAAGCCGAAUGAGUGUCGCAAUCUCUUUGUCGUAGGGGAUGAUGACAAGGUGGACUCGCAUUAUGUUCUUUCACACCUGGCCCCAGAAAUGAGCCCACAUGGUUCGACUAAACACGUGAAGGAGUCCAAAAUCUUGGAAUACUUCCAAGAUUACCUUAUUGAAAUUGAGGACACACAACCAGAAAAUGAGGUUGAAGGAGAGACACCCUCUGUGCCCAUGGUGAUGCAAUGGAUGACUGGGCAAGCACACAGGCAUUUGCUUGUCUCAGAGAGACAGAAAUUCAAAAUAGCAAUAGUAUUUGACCACAACUGUCUAGAGCACAUGCCAGGUCACACUGUAUGUUAUCCGAUUGUUAGUGCUUGCACCAACACAGUUACACUUCCAACAGCUCAUCUGGGGAAUUAUGAGUCCUUUAAAACCAACUUGCAAACUGCCAUUAAAUAUGGUGCAAGCUUUGACAGACUCUAGCUUGUAAACUCUACUCUGCUGUAGUCUACUCUGUUCUACUUAGUUUGUUCAUCUAGUCUUUUCCUAGCCAUGUCUAAUUCUCUUGUCAGUUCAGUUCCUGCCACUCCCCCUUGGCCCUUGUCACCUCGUGUUUGGGUUCAAUCCUGUUCUAAGUAAGCGUUUGUAACAGACAUUAACAAUCCAAACAUAAUGUCUUAGCGUUUGAAAUAAUGUAAAUGUUAAGUCCAAUUGUCAUUGCGAAAUGUAUAUUAAUGUGGUUCAAAACAAUAUGGCACACAUUUUGAAAAAUUUUGUUCUGAUUUAAUAAAUAA